AUGGACACCGCCUGUCGACAUUCAAAAGGUAUCCAAAUUUGUCCAGAGCAUCGUAUCAUAGAUCUUGAAUACAUUGAUGUAGUCCUUUUUGCUAACAGUUAUGACGAAAUGCAAAUAAUCCUAAACAACGUAUCAGCAACCGCGGUGAAAAUCGAACUCAUAGUCAAUGUAAAUAGAACGAAAGCCUUUUCGUCUUAUGUGCAAGAAGCUAAUAAAAUGUCUCUUUUCAUAAGCUCAUUGUCGGUUGAGGAAGCACUCGAUUUUAAAUACCUUGGACCACUCUGA